AUGGAUAUUAAGAGUAUGACUUGGUACGUUAGAGGUCUUCACGAUGAUCCAAAGAUUCAAUCAGUCAGAAAUGCUAUCAGGAAGAAGAAAGUUUCUCUAUGUGCUAUCCAAGAAUCGAAAAUGGAGUGUGUCACUGAUUCGUUAGUGCAUUCAUUAUGGGGUAGUAACAAAUGUGAAUAUGCUUUUCUUCCUUCGAAUGAAAGAUAUGGAGGCAUAAUUGUUCUAUGCAAUGGUGGGGAUUUAAUCAUGGAGAAAUCUUUAUUGGCCAAGAUUGGAGGUCAAGGUGCCGUUAACAUUCAAGGCGAAGACCAGAAGAAGCUCGAAGUUAUCUCCAAUGAGGUGUUCUCAAGCUGCUUGAGAUCAAGUGGAAGAACAGGGAUUAUAGCUUCAGAGGAAGAAGAUGUACCUGUUGCAGUGGAAGAGAGUUACUCUGGGAACUACAUUGUCGUAUUUGAUCCCCUAGACGGCUCAUCCAACAUCGACGCUGCUGUAUCAACUGGAUCCAUCUUUGGUAUCUACCAUCCUAACGACGAAUGUCUUGCUGAUUUUGGAGAUGAUGUAUCCGCUUUGGACCAAGAGAAGCAAAAGUGCAUAGUGAGCGUAUGCCAACCAGGGACCAACCUGUUGGCCGCAGGAUACUGCAUGUACUCGAUCUCCGUGAUUUUUGUGUUGUCCGUCGGGAAAGGUGUCUACUCCUUCACGUUGGAUUCCAUGUAUGGUGAGUUUGUGUUGACUCAAGAGAAAGUGCAGAUCCCCAAAUCAAGAAAGAUCUACUAUUUCAACGAAGGCAACUACCAAAUGUGGGACGACAAGCUGAAGAAGUACAUUGAUGAUCUCAAAAUCCCGGAUCCAAAGCCAUAUUCAGCACGUUACAUUGGUAGUCUUGUAGGUGAUUUCCAUAGGACAUUGCUUUACGGAGGGAUAUACGGUUACCCAAGAGAUAGUAUGAGCAAGAAUGGGAAGCUCAGGCUCUUGUACAAGUGUGCUCCUAUGAGCUACUUGGCUGAACAAGCUGGAGGUAAAGGUUCUGACGGCCACCAGAGAGUUCUUGAUAUCCAACCAACAGAGAUUCAUCAGCGUGUUCCUCUGUACAUUGGAAGCGUGGACGAGGUGGAUAAAUUGGAGAAGUACUUGGCUGCUGAAUGAUCAUAGACAUGAUAGAAUCAUCGCUGACGGCAUCAUAAUUUAUCAGUUUUAGUGACGAAUUCAAGAAAAUGAUAUGUUCAUUAGAAAAUUCAUUUUCGAGAUUUCUUUUUUUCUUUUUUUUUUUUUUCUGUUCUCCCAUUUUCGCAUGUAUGACAUGUUUUGUUUUGUAAUUGGUAUCAAAAUUAAUAAUAUACUAUGAUCCGUUA